UCGUGUUCACGCAGUGCUGGUGGAUGUAAAUAUCAGUUUAUACGACAGCAGAACGCAUGCACAUACUGAUUCAUGAGCAUCGCCAAAGGAACCGCUGGAGAGACGCUCCGCUCCGUUCCAGACUGCCAGGAGGAUGUACGGCGUUAUUAACCAUCCCCGAAACAAUUUAAGGACCCUCAGACAUUGAUAUCUUCAUAUGCACGUGAAUCCUCUGCAUUUGAAAGGCUUUCAGCGGGCGGACACACACGCUGCGCUGUGCGUCUUAACGCAGGACUGCUGUUUUGGACCCGUGCCACGGUUGUUUGUCUCUGUCCGUUCACCCAACCACACCUACCCGUUAUAUCUUCACCGAAUUACAGCAGCGGCGUCCGCACACCGGAUCCCGACAGAUCCCGUCGCGAAAGGGACAUUGUGUCUGCGUGAGCCGGUGGAAGAACGCGGAUCCACUGCGCUAUAAACGCCCGGUGCGCACCGGACCCGCUCAAAGACCCCCGUGUCGGACCGAUAUGUCAGCCCGGUGCGCGUGAUCGCUUUGGAGGAGAGGCAGGUGAAAUUAUCAGCUUUGUCCCGCAUCCUGCGCCAAGAAGGAACGCAUCACCCUGAGGAUUUAAACGCACCGACAUCCAACUUACCAGCUGUGGUGUGUCGCUGCCAUGGCGACCCUGACCCCCUGCUUCUUACGAAUCUUUGCUGUCCUCCAAUUGGCUGCCUGCUCAUUUCCAGAGGAACCUGGCCCUUUAAUCUCCGCCCCUGCUGAGGUGGUGAAGCGCUAUCCAGUGUUUGUGGGCCGAGCGCAUCGCUCUUACACCCGUCAGGAGCCGCUGUAUAUUCAAACCGUCCUGAAAGUCAACCGCACGCUCUACAUCGGAGCCAGAGAUGACCUUUAUCGAGUGGAACUGGACCAUGUAUCUGGAGAUGAAAUGUUCUACAGCAAGAAAAGGACGUGGGAAUCCAAUAAGAAUGACAUCCGCAUCUGUAGAAUGAAGGGCAAACACGAGGAGGAGUGUCGUAAUUAUAUUAAGGUGUUGUUGAGCCAUGAUGGAGGGCUGUUUGUGUGCGGGACAAACGCUUUCAACCCGCUGUGUGCCAAUUACACGAGAGACACUCUGGAAUUGGUCGGCGAGCCCAUCAGUGGAAUGGCCCGAUGUCCUUAUGAUCCCAAACACGCUAACGUGGCUCUGUUUGCAGAGGGCAGCUUGUUCACGGGGACAGUGACUGACUUCCUGGCCAUCGACGCUGUCAUUUACCGCAGUUUGGGAGAGAGUCCAGCCCUGCGCACGAUCAAGCAUGAUUCCAAAUGGUUCAGAGAGCCUUAUUUUGUGAGCGCCGUGGAAUGGGGGCCUCAUAUCUACUUCUUCUUCAGGGAGAUGGCCAUGGAGUUCAACUACCUGGAGAAGGUGAUGGUGUCCCGCGUGGCACGUGUGUGUAAAGGUGAUUUGGGCGGCUCUCAGCGGGUGUUGGAGCGCCAGUGGACAUCGUUUCUGAAAGCGCGUCUGAACUGCUCGAUCCCGGGAGACUCGCACUUCUACUUCAACCUGCUGCAGUCCACAAGCCCCAUCAUACGCAUGCAGGGCAGGGAUGUCAUCCUGGGGGUCUUCUCAACACCCUCCAACAGCAUCCCCGGCUCAGCGGUGUGUGCGUUUGACAUGCAGCAGCUGGCACGUGUGUUUGAGGGCAGAUUCAAAGAGCAGAAAUCACCAGAAUCCAUAUGGACACCUGUACCUGAUGAACUAGUACCUAAACCCAGGCCUGGAGGAUGUGCUGUCCAGGGUUCGAGAUUCAGCUCCUCCAACACCCUUCCCGACGAAGUGCUGAAUUUCAUCAAAACUCAUCCUCUGAUGGAUGAAGCGGUUCCUUUGCUUGGACACAGACCAUGGAUAGUCAAGACUAUGGUCCGGUACCAGUUGAACACUAUGGUGGUGGACACUGAGGCAGGCCCACAUCGCAAUCGGACUGUGGUGUUCCUCGGAUCCACCAGGGGAACCGUUCUCAAGUUCCUCAUCACACCCAGCCCGGAGAACCCAUACUCCAACACCAAUACCUUUCUGGAAGAGCUGGAGGGCUACAACCCAGAAAGGUGCGGUGAUGACUCUGUGCAGGCGAGGCAGCCUCUCUCUCUGACCCUGGACAAACCCAGUCACACACUCCUGCUGGCCUUCCACUCCUGCGUGGUGCGAGUGCCUGUCGCACGCUGCCAACUGCACUCCAGAUGCAUGAAAAACUGCAUUGCGUCCAGAGAUCCAUACUGCGGCUGGACCAGAGGAAGUAUCUGCUCACUCCUGAGGCCCGGCACCAGAUUACCUUUCGUGCAGGACGUUGAAUAUGGAAACACCUCACAUCUCGGAGACUGCGACGGUCUGUUACGUGAGAGUUUUAUGGACGAGCCCGAAAGUCUUGUUACGUUGAACCUGCUGGUUGUCGCUGCAGUUUCCGCUUUCUCCACCGGGGCAGCGCUAUCAGGCCUGGCAGUGUGCUGGAUCAUGGGUCAAAAACACCGCCACCGUGCGCACAGCAACACUCCUUCGUCCAGUAGUCAGCGGAAGAACGAGAAGGAACGGUGCAUAAUGGGACAAAGCAGGAGCGGCUCUGUGAUGAGUGUAUCCCGGCACAGCGGCACGGACCGGCCUCGUUCACAAGGUGAGACGCUCUUCGUAAUGCCGAAUGGUUGGGUCAAAGCGGGCGACUUGGAUCCAGGUCUGCUUCCCACACCUGAGCAAACUCCCCUGCAGCAGAAACGUGGGCUACGCCUGUCUGAUUCCGGAUCCAGUUGGGACCAAAGCCAGACCUUCUUGAGCUCAGUGGGAACCCAGUGUCCACCUCCACCAUCCACCUUGUUUCUCAGCUCUAAACUCCUGCAAGGAUCUGGUCGACGCCAUGAGGAAGCCAUUGAAACCGGUAUCGACCGCCAACGCUAUGUCUCUCUCUCCAAGUACCGGGAUCAGGGAAUACGGCCAGGCACUCUUCUUCGCAAGUCGGCAGGUGAAUACAACUACCCCAUGACUCCCCAAGACUCCCCUGACCGGCGGAGAGUGGUGUCAGCGCCCAGCACCCAGAUAGAGUACAGCGGAGAGCCUCUUCGCUGGACCCACGAAGGCUACAUCUUCAGCAGUCAUGGCAUACCUCCAACGGGCCACCACUACACCCCGGCCUCGCAGCAUCCUGCAGGACUGACGCGCUCCAUGCUCCACGGGUCACGGGGGCUCAUCGACCUGGCGGACUUCAGCCACCUGCUCGGGAAGGGAGGGAGCGAUCGGACACCAACAGGCCAGUGAACAGAGAGGAACCAAGAUGCGAGGAGUGGGAAAUUGUAGAAACGUGAGCGGCUGAAACCUCAUGUGGACUGCGGAGCGCAACCUGGCCAAUCACAGCAGCUCUCUGUGUCUCUCGCUCUGUUUCUUUCCUCACCUGCUUGUCAUCCUUUUCCUCAUUUGUCUGGAACUGCUUGCAUGAGGAAAAGCCAAAACUGGACCUCACUGCCAAGGAUAAGAGCAGCCAUUCCUACUGGAAACACCUCUUUCUUCUCUCUAUUUAUCACUCACAAUCACACAAAUAUGUAGACAGAGAUGUGCUUUUCCCUGUAGCUCUCAUUCUUACUGACUGACUGUGAGUGCGGCUUACCAAACUUUAUUGCGCCUUUAUCAGAUGGAGGAAAGAAGGGUAGACAUCUUGAAGACUAUCUAUCCCUGAAUCUGUUCAGACCUUGACUCUCUUUAGCAGGUUACCCUUUCAGCAGAUUUGUAAGUUUAAUAUAACGACAGCAUUUCAUUUGGGACAAUUGUUAACUCCAAAUAAGAGGAAGAACCCAACAGUUUCUUGGAGUAAUGACUCAGUGGUCAACGGUGGUUGUUGUUUCUGGUCGAUACCAAACUCUAAACAAAGUGCUGUGAUUACCGGCGUACAGGACACCCCAUUUACAUCAGUGUAAAUGCUGGAGGAGCAUAUUUGGACAGGUUAACUGGUCGAAAUUAAAGAUUUGGAAUGAACUUGUACUACGGAAUCGCUUCCUCUCCCUUUCACAUCACAGUGAUUAUUGAUUGGUUCUAACUUCUUGUAGCUCAUAAAAAUUUACAUUUUCUCCAUAACAUACGUAGCAGUGUUGUAGUCCUUGAGUCCUACAAUACUGGACUCAGACUAAAGUCCAUGUCCAUGAGCAUAUUUUCUAUGACUGAUCGAGACCAGCUCAUUCAAGCCCGAGUACAAAUGCUCCUGAAUAUAUGGUCUUGGCUUAAGACGGACUUGAGUAGUACACCCCUGAUUCAUAGAAAGAUGAACUGAAUCUAUUUAAGCAUAUUAAACGGGAGAAUAAACAGAAGCAAAUUGCAGAAAGGGCCACAUUAGCCAAAAUAACAACACUUUCUGUCUCCAUCAGCAGCACUUUUUCCAUUAUAAAUGCUUGUGUGUGUGACAUCACUACAUGUGGGCAGGGCCCCGUCUCAUGGUUCGCUUUGCAAGAUUCACAGUACGCCAGUUGCAUUGAUGCAUUAUUUUGACCAAAAUGUAUGAAGAGAAAACAUGAGAUUUUUCUGUUGUAUGCUUGGAAAUCUUUUGUGUUUUAUGACUUGUUCUCUGUCGAGUGAUCUGAGGCCUUCACCUCAGUAUUACCUCAGCCUUGAAUUCAGACUUCACAAGAGAGAGAAACAGAGAGAGAAAACUUUGGUUGGAUGAGUUUCGUGGCCUCAACCACGUGAAUUUCUGUGUUCUGUGUAGCUCUGUGAGUUUUAUCAGAGAAACGAAACUCUCUGAG